AUGGCCGAGGAAAGUUGUUCGAAGAGCCCUUCUGUUUAUGAAGCGAAUUUAUCUGACAAUGAACGCCCUGAAAAGAGAGUUUUUAAUCGAAAAUUCAGAUCGGUAAAACGGAAGAAAAGAAAAGGAUUUGCUGGGAGUAGAAAAAGACGAUGUAUUCAAAGCAAUGAGAUGGAUUUAUAUAACUUAGGCCAAGGCCAAGUUGAUGAAGAUGAACUGCCUGCCUCGUCUUCACAAGCAACAAUGGAUAAAAGCAAAGAAUCAGAGGAACACAGUGCUUCAUUUCGUAAACUUCUGAACUCUUCCUUUGAUUCAGACAAUCUUGGUCCUAUAACGAGAUCUAUUUCCGGAUCAAAAGAAACGAAGGGUGCUGGCAGUAGCAAUAUUGGCAGUGCUGACGAUGGCUACAGCCUUAUGGAUAAGAAACUUUUGGUGAAUGCAAUCAACAAAAGUGCUAUUUGUCGUGCAUGCAGAAAUCCAAAGGCACAGUUAAGCCUGCUGCUUAGCAAUAAAUUUGGCCUUGCAGAGAAAUAUUUUCUUAAAUGUAGCCAUUGUCAUACAAGUACACCACUUGAGACCAGUGAAAAGCUCAGUGGAUCUAAGAGGGCAGACAAGAAAGGGGGACAGACCACAUACGAAGUAAACUGUAGAUCAGUUGUUGCUUCACUGGAAACUGGACGUGCUGGGCUAGAGAGAUUUUGUGGCAUUUUGAAUCUUCCAAACCCUGUAUCAAAGUCUGCUUACAACAAACAGUUGAAGAAUCUUGAGGAAGUGGCAGUACAAGUUUGUGAAAAAAUUAUGAAUGAAGCAGCUGCUAGGCUUAUAGAGAUCAUUGGAAAAGAAGAGCCGACAAUGAUUGAUUUUGAUAAUGAUGGUCAAAAACUUGCCAAAGUUGCUGUUACCAUUGAUGGAACAUGGCAGAAGAGAGGAUACAGUUCAAAAAAUGGCAUAGUGUUUGCUAUAUCAGUGCGCACAGGAGAGGUGCUAGACUUUGAGGUACUUUCGUUAGUUUGCCAUCAGUGUCAAGCUAGUAAAAAGCUAGAUCACAACAGUGAUCAGUACAUACACUGGAGAGAGAAUCACCAGCCUGUUUGCCCCAUAAACCACAGUGGAUCUAGUGGUGAGAUGGAAACAAAGGGGGCAAUAAGGAUUUUUUUGCGGUCCGUCAAUAAGAGGAAUUUGAAGUAUACAACCAUGGUAGGGGAUGGAGACACAGGGUGUUUUGGAUCGGUUCGCGAGGCUCUAAGAAAAGAGUAUGGUGACACUUAUGAAUUAGAAAAAGAGGAAUGUGUGGGGCACAUCCAAAAGAGAUUGGGAACAAACCUAAGGGAUCUUAAGACAAAGUAUAGAGGAAAAAAACUGGUCGAUGGAAAAGGUAUUGGUGGAGCUGGGAGGCUAACAGACAAAAUUAUGGAUAAAAUGCAAAAUCAUUAUGGCUCUGCAAUUCGAAAUAAUAAAGGAAAAUUGGAAUCAAUGCAUGACUCUAUACAAGCUAUUCUGAAGCAUAUGGUAGAAGAAGAGGGAAAAUCUUUGGAAGAACAGCAUGCCUUAUGUCCAAAGCAUGGUCAUACCUGGUGCAAGUUUUGGAAGGACAAACAAGCAGGGACAGAAACAUAUUCUCAAAGAAAUAGGCUUCCACCUGUUUUCUUUCCUUUGUUAAAACCAGUGUAUGACCGGCUUUCUGAUGAUGUGCUACUUAGAAGAUGUUUGAAAGGCAUAACUCAAAAUCAGAAUGAGUCCUUGCACGGAGUGGUCUGGACAAGAUGUCCAAAAACCCGUUUUAGUGGAAAACGGAAAGUUACAAUUGCUGCUUGCCUUUCUGUUGGAAACUUUAAUAUCGGGUCAUCAUCAGUUGCAGAUGUCUUAAAGGCAUUACAAAUCAAAUGUGGUCAAAAAACCUUGACUUAUUUAAAAACUGUUGACAGGAGAAGGCUGAAGGAUGCUGCAAGAAAGAUUUCACACAAAUACAAAGAUCAGAGGCGGAAAUUAAGAGCAAUAAAGAAGGGAAGGCUUGAUGUAGCAAGGAAAGGCUAUUUGUCUGGGGCUUUUGGUCUUUCUGCAGAGCCUGAAAACAUUUGUAAGGUGGUUGAUGCAAGUCUGAAAAAGAAAAGAAGAAAUAGAGAAGGAAAGAAAAAGUGCCCUGGAAAGUCGCCAGAUCUGUCAAGGAAUGAACAUGAAUAUGUCAACCAGUUUGAACCUCCAAUUACUUUUAUGAUGCCUCUAGAGACUAUUCAUGACUUUUUUUAA